UAACCCAAAAGGAAAGAGCCCAAACCAUGAGCAUGACCCAAACCAUGUCUCACCCUAAUGACUGGGCUCAGUUCUACCGCCAGAUCAACUUCUCCGGCCAGCCGUCCCAGCCCGUCGAGAUCCCCGCGCCGCAUCCGCCAUCAGUCCCCGACCACCAUGUCGGAACGCUGGAUACCUCGUCGUCCCUAUCCGCUGCAGUAGGCGCAUCCGGCAGCAGUCCCGUGCACGGCAGCAGCUCGAGUGCUGGCGCCCUCAACGCCGGUGGACGGGUCGCGAAGCCCAAGCGGAGACGGUCCAGGGCCUCCCGGCGCACCCCAACUACCCUGCUGAGCACCGACACCACGAACUUCCGGGCCAUGGUGCAACAGUUCACGGGAGGCCCCGGGGCUCACUUCCUCGCGACAGUCGGGACAACCAGGCCCGGCGCACUGAACAUCAACUUCGGGCUCGAGCCGGGCAGAGCCCACAUCAAUCCUCCGGGACUAUUCCACGGGCAGCACCCGCUCCAGCACCAUGGCGCCGAUCACCGUCCGGCAUUCAGUCACGUCAUGCAAGACCAAGCGUACAUGAACAUGCUUUCUCUGGACCACCGUGGAGCAACUUCCCCCGAGUUCCCUCCAAGGCCGCCUUUCAUGCAAUAAUCAAUAAGCCGGAUAGAAUGAGACCGAUGGAGCGCAUUACAGUCACGUACGGGGACUGAAGAUAGUUGGCUGAUUUUGGAUCGAGUCGGGGUGAUGACGUGAGGUAUCACGUCGGUCAAAUAUUGAGACGUGCUUCUAGAUGACGGUCGGCGAUGGGAAUCAGAUAGGGCCGCCAUCGUUUCCUUAAGAAAGUGAAAAACGUGAGCAAUAGCAAGUAAAUUAUCCUGACGGGGACAUAAAGGCAGGAUUGUUAGGUAUUGACUUUUGUCUUUUACUGCACGAACAUUGACUUAUGUGUGUGAAUAAGUACAAUAUUAUAUUGCAUUGCAUUGGGGUUGGGGUUGGGGGAUACAAAGAUUAUUCCUAGGUACAGCUCAAAUAGUAGAAGACCCAAUUGAUCUACGGGGCAGUAAUUUUUAAUUUAGGGGUUGAUUAAUUAAGCACUGGAGUUGGAUUAAUUAACUGUCGUUGCAAAGUCCGCGGUGGUCAUGUACCUUUUGGAUCCUCAAGUUGAAUGAAAUGUUCCUCGUCUUUUCUGUAUCUUAACUGAUUACAUAUGUACGUUUCAAUUUCAUAAUGUUAUGUAUUAUUUGGUCAUCA